UGCGCUCGGCAAACAGAUUUAUCCGGGGCCGCCCGGUCCCCGCCUGCAGGGCCAGAGGCCAGGAGCUGGGCUCGGCCGUGCGUGAGCCCGGUGCCGCGGCGCCCCCAGGACGCCCACCGGAGACCCCGCUCGCGCAGCUCUCUGCCUGCGUCCCCGCCGCCGCGGCCCUGGCGCCUCCCUGCCCCCACCCACCCUGGGCUGCUGCUGCUGCUGCUGCUGCUGCUGCUGCUGCUGCAGGGACCGCAGCCGCUGGACAGCGCCGGCCUCCCGCGUGAUAGCUAAUUGGGGAGAGAAAGGGCCCGAUUGUCUCGGGGGGCCGGAAGAGCGGGCGUGGGCGGCUGAAAGAGCCGGAGAAGGUGGCCAGCUUCGCCCAGCAGCUGCCGCCGGAGACGUUAGCGGAUUACGUCAGCGCCGGCGCACGGGGGGCUCGGGAGGGGGGUGGCCCGCAGUCGCCAGCCCCGGGCCUCCCCACAAUGCGGCCAUUGUCGGCCCGGAGAGCGGCUCCUUCUGGAUGAAUGGCACGCGGGCCUCUUGACCAAGGCGGCCGCUCGCCGUCCCCGCGCUGUCCUCCCGCCGGCCGGCCAGCCGGGGAGGCCCUGGGCCGGAGCCUUGGGGGGGGGCUGCGGAGAGGACAGGGCCGUCCCUGAGGGGGGCGGGUGUGGGCCUCGCGGCCGCCCAGCUAUCCUGAGUACCCGGUGCAGGCCCCUGGCCCCGCUGUGGGCGCUGGGCACGGCCUGGCCGGGAACCCGGGGCCCGCUGCGGUCCGGGCCACGUCCCUGCUGCCGUGCUUGGGGCCGCCCGCCCGCCCUGGCAGGCGGCAUGGACUCCUGGCUCGGGGGCAGCGCGGGUCCCGACCCCCUCCUGGUCCUGCUGGUCGUCAUCUUGCUGGCGCGCUUCCUCCUGUGGUCCUGCCUGGGGACCUACGUCGACUACAGGCUGGCCCGGCGCCAGCCCCGCAAACCCAAGGAGGACUAGGGCCCCCAGGGCAGGGCGGGCCCCCACGCCCCCCACCCAGGCUGGCCAGGGCUGUGCUGGCCACGUUUCACCCCCCACGUCGGGGGACAGACAGGCCACCUGGGCCAGUCCGUCCCCACGUUCUGGGGGCCCCUGUUGGAGUGAGCGAUCCCGGGGGUGGGUCUUGCUCUGAGAAUUUCUGUGCUCCCAGCCCUUUAUGAAUACGUUUGCAGGAGGACGUGGGGGUGAGCCGUGGGGCUCGGGGGGCACCACGAGGGCAGAUGUCACGACCUCGCAGCCCGCCCUGCCGCCCAGGGCCACCUCGCAUCUCUGUCUCCUCCCGCCUCCUGGGGGGACGAGAUGAAUCUUCAUCCCUCCUGGAGGGAACACAGCUGCCUCAGUUUCCCCCAGAGCGGACCGCUGGGCUGAGGUUGCUUGGGUGGGGCAGGAGCUCCUGGCUGGGGAGCCAGUGAUGAGGCUGGCCCCUCCGGGGAGGUGGCGGCGGGCGCAGCAGGGGGUCGAGCCUGACCCUCGAGGACAAACGCCACCAUGGCUGCUUCUCUCGCUUCCCACCCUGAUGCCCGGUGACCCGCAGGAGAAACUGCCACAUCGCCACAUUGGCCCCGGGUGGGGUGGGGGGUGCAUCUCCGGGUCUGCCUGAUCCUUGUGCCCCGUGUCCCUGGGACCUUGGGGCCGUGCGUGGGCCACCGCUGUCCAACAGUGUGACCUGGGAUGGGCGCGGGGAGCCAGGGAGCACCCGCCCCGCAUCUGGGGGGUCUGGAACUGGGGGGCCGGGCACAUGGGUGGUCGGCCGUGUCCGCGGAUGGAGCCACGGAGCCCGGACACUGGGACUCGGGCGCCUCCCCGGUGACAACCCUCCGGGUGUGACGUGGACCCGGGUUCUGACCACGACGGAGUGCGGCAGCCACCCGCCGGCUCGGAGCAUCCCUCACUCUCGGUGGAGCCCGAGGGUGGCCUUGGGGACGUCCCCGACUUCUGUGCCGUCCUGCUCCUGCUCCUGCGUCCUGGGAAACCACGGAAGGGCACCCGGGAGAAGCCGGCCUGCCGCCCCUCCCCCAGCCAGCGGACCCUCCCCCAGACGCAGCAGCCCGGACUCUCUCCAGUGCUCUCGAUGACCACGAGUGCACGCGGCUCUGCCCAGGGCCUGCCUGUCCUUCCUGACGGGCAGCAGGCUCCCCACACUGUGCUGUUGUCCCGUACCUGCUCUCGUGGGUUUCCUGCCAAUUCCUAUAAUGUGUUAUUUUAAAAGAAGGAAAUAAAGAAACAAUCAAGUGGUA